AUGAAUAGAGCUGAUGAAGUAGAGGUAGUUAUGCCGCGACAGUCCUUUGCAGACCGAACUGUGGGGUGUCCUGAGAACGAGAAAGGGCAAGCCGAGUACGGCGUAUACCCCUUUGCUGAAGUACAGUUUCGGAACGUGGUCGAGCGCCGUAGUAUUCCUCUCUUCGCAAAAAAUUUGGUUCUCCCGCAACUACAAGGUGUUAUUGGUGGGCAUAUUGUGACCACCGUGGAGCUCGCCAGAUUGCAUCGUGGUGCCCGAAACGCAUGGCCUAAGGCAUGGAAAGCUACUGCAUUUAAGAUAUGGAGAGAAACGUUUCGCGCUUGGGGGCCAACGGAACUUGGCUCCGAUGCUCCCGCUGAGGACGACCACCUUGAAGGAGUGGCUUGCACUGCUAUAUUGGACGGAAAGGAGAGCACCGCGUCACUGCCCGGAUCGCAGGGGGCUAGAAACCCUGCGGCACUGUUGCAGCAACUCUCGGCGAUAGCCGACGAUGACGACAACUGGGAAGCCGACCCUGCAUUCCUUCAGUAUCUAGAGGCAAAGUACAGAGAUGUGGAGUGCCCCCUUUUCCUCGACACGAUGCCUGCAGAUCCCAGCAGCGACCCGCAGCUGCACGCGCUGCAGCUGCUGGCGUAUGACGGCUUCGCCACGAUGCUCCUAGAGAACGCGCAACACCCCACGGAUCGGGCUUUGGCACAGGGCGUGGAAGACAAGGAUGAACUGUCGCUGCUGCACUCCAAUGUGGCGCUGUGCUGUCUCAAGAGGGGCGACCUCCUGAGGUGUAUCGACCAUGCGAGAGCCGCCAUCAAGUGCAACCCGAAGAACCUCAAAGCGUACUUGCGAGGUGCUAAGGCCUCCCUUCACCUCGAGCUGCAUGCGCAAGCUGGACGCUUCGCGUCCAUGGGCCUUCAAGCAGCCGCUGCAGCUGCAGCAGACAGAGCCUCCCCCGCUACCCCUUCAGAGCCAACGGACGAUACACAAGCAGAGAAGGAGCUCAGAGUGCUGCAGCAGGAGGCGAAGCAGCGCUACGAGGCGCAACAGCAGAGGCGGAGAGAAGCCUUUGCCGCAGCAGAAAAGGAUCAGAAGACCAAUCAGCCGUCGCCGAAGGAGAUCCUCAGCAAAAGAGGUAUCCGCGUAUGCGCCGUACCCCCGGGGUUGGCUGAGGCUGCAGCCCAAGUGCCCCCGGUGUCUGUACACCCGGAGGUUUUGACCGGCGAAUUCUUCCUCCUGCUGCCGCUGCUGCUGUUGCUCGACGAAUACGGCCGCGCUGAUGCCAUUUCUGCAGCAGACGAGAGGCUUUCCUUAAUGGAGCAGCUAAAAUCCAUUUUCCCUUCAAAGCGCUUCCUCGAGCGCGCGCAGCUUCAUCAGGGUGACCAGGAAAAAGCAGAGGGAGCCGCCACGGAGUUCCCUUCAUGGGAUCAUGAGAAGAAAUACCUUUUAGAGGAUAUUGUCGGAUAUUACGAGUGUGGGCUACCGGGUGAAGUAUUGAUCAGCUUCCCAAUGAAUCUGCCGCUGGCCCUCCUCCUGCAACAUGCAAAGCGAUUUGCCGGCAUUGCUGCAUUUCAUUUACUGGUCAAAGACACCCCAGCGCACGCAGCUUUUAUCAAGGAUGCACGAAUAGAGAAGCUCGAGUUUUAG